UGUCAUUUGAACGACGUUAACUGCUACACAUCGAAAAACGCAGGAUUUCCUGUGGUUUUGCUGAAUUGGACAGUCAAGUUUUAGAUUCGCUAAAGUACUUAGACCACUUUAAUCUCCAUCGAUUUAAUGUCUUAAUCAAAACCAUCUCAACCGUACGUGCUGUAGACUACACCUCGACAUAGUUAGUCUCAAAGAAGUCCUCAAAAAUGUCCGAACCCACAGUGGCCGAUACUCGCCGGUUAAACUCCAAACCGCAGGACCUGACGGACGCUUACGGGCCUCCCAGCAACUUUCUGGAAAUCGACGUGUACGACCCGCAGACUAUAGGAGUCGGCCGCAAUCGGUUCACCACGUACGAAGUCCGGAUGAGGACAAAUCUUCCCAUAUUUAAACUGAAGGAGUCAUGUGUAAGACGAAGAUACAGUGACUUCGAGUGGCUGAAGAAUGAGCUGGAACGAGACAGCAAGAUUGUUGUACCCCCUUUGCCUGGAAAGGCAUUGAAGAGACAGCUCCCCUUCCGUGGAGAUGAGGGCAUUUUUGAAGAGUCCUUCAUUGAGGAGAGACGAUCUGGCCUUGAACAGUUUAUCAACAGAAUUGCAGGUCAUCCUUUGGCCCAGAACGAACGCUGUCUUCACAUGUUCUUGCAGGAUGAAAGUAUUGACCGGAACUACAUUCCUGGAAAAGUGUGAAUGAAGUAAGGUUGCGGUAAGGCCCCUUCCUGUCCGGGACCCAUGUGCUCUACCAGCUCUUUUCUGCACAUGAAUCAAAGAUUUUCACAGCUGCUCUCCAUUAUAUCUUGUAUAUAUUUUUCUCAAAUAGAGCUAGACUGUAACAUCUAUUUCGCCCUGAAGAUGAACUCAUGUUGCAUUUAUACCUCACACACUAAGUUUCUUUGGGAAGAAGUACUGUUUGCUUUUUGCUUAUCUUAAAACAAAUAUGAAAAAAAUAUAUAUUCCUUUUUUGGUUUUUAAAUAUGGUUUAAAGAACUGGUUUAAACUCAACAACCCAACCACUUUCCUAAUUAAUAAAUAGAAGACUGUCAGGUCAGUAUGAUAUUUUAUACCAUUUCACACCUUGAAAAGUGUGUUCUUCAUUAUUUCAUCAUUGUGCAUACCCGAUCAGCCACAACAUUAGAACCACCUGCCUAAUAUUGUGUAGGUCUGUAUUUUGUGCCACCAAAACUGCAUCAACCUGCAUCUCAGAAUAGCAUUCUGAGAUCUAUUGUUCUCACCACAAUUGUAACAAUUUUCAGUUCUAACCAGUCUGACCAUUCUUCGUUGAUCUCCCUCAUCAACCAGGCGUUUCCAUCCGCAGAACUGACACUCACUGGAUGUUUUUUUGUUUUGUUUUUGGCACCAUUCUGAGUAAAUUCUAGAGACUGUUGUGCAUGAAAAUCGCAGGAGAUCAGCAGUUACAGAAAUACUCAAACCAUCCCAUCUGACAUCAACAAUCAUCAUGCGAUUUUCUAAUCAGCCAAUCGUGUGGCAGCAGUGCAUUAAACCAUGCAGAUAUGGGUCAGGAGCUUCAGUUAAUGUUCACAUCAACCAUCAGAAUGGGGAAAAAAAUGGUCUCAGUGAUUUGGACCAUGGCAGGAUUGUUGGUGCCAGAUGUGCUGGUUUGACUAUUUUUGUAACUGCUGAUCUCCUGAGAAUUUACUCCGAGUUGUGCCAAAAAAUCAAAAACAUCCAGAGAGCAGCAGUUCUGUGGACGGAAAUGCCUUGUUGAUGAUAGAGGUCAACAGAGAAUGGCCAGACAGUCUAUGGUAUCUCAGAAAACUGCUCUGUACAAUUGUGUUGAGAAUAGCAUCUCAGAACGCUAUUCCGAGAUACGGGUUGACGCUGCUUUGGGAGCGAGGGGUACCUUCACAAUAAUAGGUAGGUGGUUUUAAUGUUGUGGCUGAUUGGUGUAGGCCUCUUACUGCAAAUGCUACAAGCAGUAAUGGAAUAUAAUUGGAUUUGCAAAAAAAAGUGAUCUCAUUAUCUUAAAAAGUUAUAAAUGCAUUUGUUAAAUAGUGACAUUGUUAGUUAAGCAACCCCUUCCCACAACAAGAUUACUCAAUGUAGCAUUUUUUAAAAAUAAAUUUAACUGGGAUUGCACAUUGACAAUGUCUUCCUUUAUCACAUUCCAUGUUUCAUUUGAGUCCUUGAAAUAAUAUGUGUUAAAACAAAGAUUUUGCAACCAUUUUAAAUAGUUUUUCCUUUUGUUUAGUGUCAGUGUAAGAAGUCAGGCUUUGGGAAUGUACAAAUUCAAUUACUGUGAAAACGGAAUUGCAUUGACAAAAUGUUUCACAUUACAUUUAUACAAGCCCUCUUUUGAAAAAUUUUGAUUUGUUCUUUCACUUUUUAUUAUUGUUACUUUAAAGACUAUAUGUAAAAAAUAAAAAAAAUGGCUGUAUUUCUAACAGAUGUAGCCAUAAUUUCUGCCCAUCAAUAAAAUCCUCGCUGUCACCUCUA